CGAUGUAAUUAAGUAAUAAAAUUAUUUGUACAUAUUUUAUCAGAAUUUAUGGAAAUAAUUUACUUAACUGUCAAUCGCAGUUCUACAUUUGAAAAUUUUAUAUAUAUAGGUAUAUUUGGUUUGCAAAACGACAGGCCUCCCAGGAAAAUGACAAAUCGAUUACGUCACCAGUGGUUGAAAAUGGUGUUGGUCGUCGGGCGUAGUAAAAUAGAUAUUUUCUAAAAAGCCGGGCUUUGUUUUGUCUAAUAAUUUCUUAAAACCAUAACAGUUUUAUAGUUCAUUACAAGAUUACAAGAAACAUUUACUUAAGAUAAACCCAAACCAAGAAUGUCUGACAGAAGAGCUGAAUUAGAACGUAAGAAAGCAAAAUUGCAAGCAUUAAGAGAAGAAAAAGAUCGUCGGAGACGUGAAAAGGAGCUUAAAGAUGUCGAAGAGGCUGCUAAUCGAACAAUCAUGGGUGGAGGUGGGGACAGAAAAGAACUGGACGAAUUGAUGAGGGAAGUUGGAGUUACUCCAGUGUCUGAUGUUUUAUCCAGUAUUUCUAGUGCUAAUUCCCUCACCCCCGAGCAAAGCAGAAAUCAUACGCCCGACACCUCACUUCAACCCAGUAGCUUACCAAAUAACGUCAUUGCUGUCAAGAAGAAAGUACCGCAAUUGAGCGUCGUAGCAGUCCAAAGUACUAAUAUACCCCCAAAAGAAAUUGUGGUAUACACUAAACAGACACAAACUGCUAACACAGGACAUGAUGUCAGGGACGCACAUGCCACUGAUUACUACGAUGAGUACAAUCUUAAUCCUGGUUUAGAAUGGGAGGAUGAGUUCACAGUUUUGACGUAUGACGAUGGACAAGGUGAAGACGAGGAGGGCAGCCUACCACAUCUCGGUGGAUAUGGAAGCAAGCUGCCUCCGGGCAUCCUACCGCACGGUCUGCCCCAGGUGAAAGAAGUUCAGCCUGCCGUGACGGCUGUGGAGCAGGAACAGAAGAAGGAAGAGUUAAAGGAAGUGAGGGAACUUAGCGAAGAGGAGAAGCAGAUGAUAAUCCUUUCGGAAGACUUUCAACACUUCAUGGAUAAGUCGGGAAGAAUUAUGGAAAGGGCUCUUUGUGAGAGCGUCGACAUAUACAUGGAUUACACAGGGUGUUUAGGAGAAGAGGCGCUGGAUGAAAAAUCUCAUCAAAGGAUCUCGUUAAACCGUCACUUUUUCGACGAAAGAUGGUCGAGAAACCGUACCGUGACAUCACUGGACUGGUCUCCUCAAUUUCCCGAACUGCUGUUGGCUUCCUACAAUAACAACGAAGAGUCGCCCAACGAUCCGGACGGUGUCGUUUUAGUUUGGAAUACUAAAUUCAAAAAGACCACACCUGAAUAUAUAUUUCAUUGCCAAAGCGCUGUGUUGUCCACUACGUUUGCCAGGUUUCACCCUAACUUAAUACUAGGCGGAACAUACUCUGGACAAAUAGUAUUGUGGGAUAACCGUGUCCAAAAGAGGACUCCAAUUCAGAGAACACCGCUUUCUGCAUCAGCACAUACUCAUCCGGUAUAUUGCAUGAGUGUAGUUGGCACUCAAAACGCGCACAACUUAAUCAGCAUAUCUACCGACGGGCGCUUAUGCUCCUGGUCCCUGGAUAUGCUGGGCCAACCACAGGAAAUAUUGGAUUUACAUCGUAUGCAGUCGAAGCCUGUUGCGGUUACUUGCUUAGAUUUUCCACAUUCCGAUGUUAAUAACUUUGUAGUUGGUAGCGAGGAAGGUGCCGCAUAUUCGGCCUGCAGGCACGGGGCGAAAGCCGGCAUCACCGAUACCUACGACGGUCAUCAGGGUCCCAUUACCGGUAUUAGCGUGAACGGCGUCCAGGGAGGAAUCGACUUCUCGCACAUGUUCUUAACUUCGUCAAUCGACUGGACUAUAAAAUUAUGGAGUCUGAAGGAUUCCAAACCUAUCUAUUCGUUUGAGGAUAAUGGGGAUUACGUUUUGGAUGUCAAAUGGUCUCCUACACAUCCGGCGUUGUUCGCGGCGGUCGACGGAAGCGGUAGGUUAGAUUUGUGGAAUUUAAAUCAAGAUACGGAAGUUCCCACGGCGAGUAUAAACGUAGAGGGUAAUCCUGCAUUGAAUAAAGUGUCUUGGACUCCGUCAGGUUUGCACGUUACUGUGGGUGACAACCAAGGGAAAAUCUGGGUCUACGACGUUGCAGAGAGUUUUGCCCAUCCAAGACACGAUGAAUGGAAUAAAUUUUUAUACACCACCCAAGAACUGAGGAACAACCAAGUGGAUGAGGAGUUAGAAAAGCUGAAUUACUCGAUUUCAAGUACGUCUCUGACUAGUAUGGGUUCUUUAACGUCAACUCCAAUGCGAUAAUUAGUUUUAAUUUAGGUUUAAAGUAACAUAUUUAUAAUUAUAAAGGAAUUAUUUAUUACAGCUGAAAAUUAUAAAUUGUGUCAUAAAAAAUAUAUUAGUAAAAAAAAAGUGGUAAGGGAUUACUUUUCUGGGGCAACUAAAGUAUCUGUAAUCGUUCUAACAACAAUACACGGAUACCAAGGAAUAAACGAGAGAUAAAAUAAAACAUGGACUGUGAAAAAAAUGAUUGAGAAUUGAUAAUAGAUGUUUCUCGUCAUUUUUUCGAUAUUAUUGUAUAUGCUUUAAAAGAACUAAAAAUAAAUAUUGAUCUAUAAAAUGGAA